AGCCGGCCUGCUAGCAGUGGUGUACAAGUUGCUCUUGCAUGUGGGCAGAGGAAUGUUAGAGUGUUGUUUUGUUGUUGGACCAUGGUUGAACCAACCUUUAUUUACUCUUCAAUGGCCUUUUCUCUCGUCAAAGAACUGAAAAAUGGCUGUCUCUGACUCAUUGUACUUUGAAGAGUUACUGGUGUAAAAAGUCUCUCCACUUGUGGUUCAGUGCAACAAAUUUCAUGAGUUGUUCUAAUGGAUCUUUGAGGAAACUUGCAGUGAUGCUUGGUGGUGAUAAGUUUUCCAAUGUGGUUUCUUUUAUUUGGAUUCAUACGUGCGUAACUCUUGUCCAUGGAUGACUGGAUUGACUUGACAGUCUACCAGUGUGUGUGUUAACAUUCAGCGACAAUCAACACCGUAUGUUGUGAUUGUUGAUUGCGUACAUACUUCCUGUUCGGAAUUGUCACCGAUGGCGUCGGGGAGGAUUUUUUGUGGCGUGACGUAUUUCUCUGUGGGGCUGGUAGCGGCUUUGGUUUUUGUACAACUUCUGCAGCCGGUCAGGACGCAGAACUCCACUACGUUGACCAUGUCUACUAUGCCUACCACGUCUACCAUGCCUACAACGUCUGCCACGUCUGCCAUGUCUACCAUGUCUACCAUGUCAACAUCGACAGAAACUCCAGUGCCAACUCAGGAACCUAGCGAUACCAGCCGACCCAUAACCACCGCGACAAAUCCCCCGACAGAUCCGGCCACAGAUGGAGUCACAGACCCAGCGAACAACACAUUGACAGAUUCAGAAACUGCUGCAGUGACAGACCCAGUGAAUAAGACGGUGACAGACCCCGUGAGGGAACCAGUGACGGGCACGAUGGGACCCACGUUGGAUCCUCGGCCCUGCAUACCGGAUCCGUGCCAAGGGAACGGAGAGUGCAUCCUGGAGAAUUCUGCUGCCGGUUACAGAUGUAGUUGUAAUAAUGGAUUUGCAGGGUAUGCCUGCGAAAUAAACUUGAAUCCUUGCCUGAGUAAUCCGUGCGAUGAAAUUGAGACCACCUGCAUCAGUGACUAUUACAACCAUUAUCGCUGCGCACCAUGGGCUGAGUUGAACGGCACCGAGCCAUCCUUCAUCACCACGGCAGUAUCCAUGGAUACCUGGCUGACCGGUUCAACCAUAGGCAUCAUCGUCGGCCUGUGCAUCGCCACACCGCUCUUCGUUCUGUGGAUCGUCCUCAUAGUCUGGUGGACGACCUGGCGCAAGCUGCACGCGGACGACCAGAAGAAGUACAGCAUCCAGUACGCUGAGGAAGCUGCCAACAAGUACAGCAACAACAAGUAUAAAAUGGGCAAUGCUAAGUCUUGGCUGGUGCCGGACGGCCGCAGCUCGAUGCGCGCCCACAAGAUGCGAGAUCGCUGGCUGAUUCACGAGUCGCAGGUGGAGCUGGGCAAGCUGAUCUACAGCGGAGAGUUUGCCUACAUCUGCGAGGGCAUGUACAAGAGCAAAGAGCGAGAUGCCCCUGAUAAAGUGGUGGUGAAGCUCCUACGAGAUGAGAAAGAUGACGAGUCACUGAAUGAGCUAAAGAAUGAGUUUGAGGUGCUUGCCUGCAUGGGGCGUCACCCCAACGUUGUCUGGCUGCAGGGCAUGUGCACUAGGGUGCUGGAAGAAUCAACUCAGACGUGUCUAAUCAACGAGUACGUGGCUCGUGGCGACAUGCUUCGCAUCUUGCGUCGCGGACGGUGUCGGCGAAGGGACCAGCCUCCCUUCUCCCCGACGCCUGUGGACGAACUGAUGAGCUUUGCCUGCGAUAUCGCGCAGGGCAUGAGACACAUCACGCUACUUAGGUACGUGCACAGGAACCUGUGUGCCAAGAACGUCCUCAUUACCUUCAACAACAAGGCCAAGAUUGCGGACUUCAGCAUGGCAACUGAACUCCCUGGCUCCACGGAGUAUGUACCUCACGCUGAACACAGAAAUAAACAUAUCAAGCGAUGGAUGGCUUACGAAGCCCUUCUGGAAGAUGUGUACAGCAUCAAAAGUGAUGUGUGGUCGUUUGGUGUAGUUCUUUGGGAGAUUGUUACCUUAGGUGGAAUGCCAUACUACAACAUCAAGACUUCUGAUCUGUUCGGCGAGCUGCGGGAUCACAAUCGCAUGGAGUGGCCGAACCACUGCUCCCCGGAGUUCUACGAUCUCAUGCUGCGUUGCUGGCACCGUCGGCCUGAGAGCAGACCCUCCUUUGACAUGCUGUGCACGGAACUCAAGAAAAUGAAGCCCAUGGCAAAGAAACACCUGAAUUUGAAGGGAUACACCUACCAGCUGUAUGUGCCAGUGAAACUGGAGGAGGAUGUUAUCGACACGACGCAAGAUUCUACGUUUGUCUGAGUGGAGGAAACAAGCACCAACUAUCACACUCCGGAAUCACCGUAGUAACCAAGGAACAUGUUAUCAUGACACAACAGGGAUUUUGAGUUACCAAGCAAAGAAACUCCCCGAGCACAGAAGAAACAUGUUGCUAAGCACGAACAGGUUACCAGCCAAAAUGCCAUGCAGUGUACAUUGCUUAUAUAACUGGUUCUCAGCUGAUAUGUGCUUAGCAUGUAAAUUACCUGAGCGCUGUUUUAAGAUAUAAGCAGAUCCCUUAAAUCUGAGAAAUACUGCCUAGCACAUUUAAUUAUGUACUAAACGAAAAAAAAAGCCGGGUACCAAUCAAUAUUAAUUGCAAAACAUUUUGGUUGGUAACCUGUGUUUGCUAAGCAAUUAUUUUCUGUGCUAAGGUAGUUUCUGUGAUUUCACAAAACGCUAAGACACGUCUAAGGAAGGGUAACUUGUCUUAACUAGCGACUCGUCCUAGGAUCAAUUUCACCAAACGUAAGAAGCGUUCAACAUUCUGUUGUGCACUGCAAAAUAACUUAAGGGUUUAAAGUACCCGUAUUAAUGGUCCAUAUUAUCCUUGUUCCCAGGUUAACUUUUAACUGCAUGCACAAGAAGUACCCCCUCAAUGGUUAUAAAGGGAGAGUUAGGGGAGACCACUUCGAUGGCUGACGCCAUCGUCAGGGUCCAUGGGCCUUAUUCACGAGUCGGCCAUAUUGAAUUGAAAGUUAGGUAAAAUCUAAAUUUUUGGAAGUUGCGAAGAGAAACGAAAGCAAUUUUAUUUAUAAUAAAUUCCAGUCUGCUUCAAUGAAUAAUUUAACAUUGGUAAUUAACCAUUCCCUAAUGUUUAAAGCCAUAUUUAACAAAAAAAGGACAGUAAAAUAAAGGCUGCAUUGUGCCUGCAUAAAUAGUCUGGCGCCAUCCCAUUCAACAGUUAGCAAUUAAUGAAAUACAUUCAGGGAACUCGACAAAAAUGGCCAACUUGUGAAUAAGACCCAUAAGGGGCCGAAGUUAAGAUUCGGGAAAUGCAUGAAGUAUUAAUGCAACUCACUGUAAUAUUUCACAGCAGUCAUGGCAGAACAAAGAUGCUCUGGUCAAUAACAAUGCUGCAUCAGUGAAAAUGUGAGAUAAAAGUAUUUUUAACUAUUAGACCCUUUUUGUCAUUUUAAUUUGACCCUUUUUGUCAUUUUAAUUCAGUUUUACAAGAGGUCUACUCGUGCACAUUGCUGUGCAACAAAAAGCACAGACCUCAAAACGUGGCUGCAUUGCAAAGGGGCUGUAGUAGUUUUUCGCUGAGCUCAAAAACCAACAUGUGCCUUUUUUUGGUUGUCUUCCUUGAAAUCGCUCAACCUUAUAAAAAGACUUCAUAAUUUGGGUUUUGUAUCAAAAGCUGCAGGAAUUUUUAUUCUGUAAAUAUUGGAGGAAAAAAAAGUAAUAUGUAAAUGUGGCUUUUUGGAAAAAUAAUGGUCUUCACUGUAAGAAUUUUUUUACAAACUGUUAUUCAGAGCAAUAUGUAAAACCCUUUAAAACCCUGCUGGUCAGUUUCAGGUGAAGAAAUAUGAAGUGUUAAACUGUGUCACACAGAGAGUCACUGCACACAAAAACAGCACUGUGGAGAGCAGUGAAGCGUGACUGAAUCUGCCUGCUUGCCCUGAGCUUAACCACACAAAAGAAUUGAGCAGGGAUUUGAAGCGUUAUCCAUACUCCACAGAAGAUUUACCUCAAAAGAAUUUGAAGUGUGGGCGCUAACUCUAUAGGUAAAAGUGGUUUUGCAAAACUUGGGGUUGUUAAGUGUGGAAGACUAGGAUCACAAUACCACUUUUGUCUUUUGCAACUAUUAUCCAAUUUUGAAGGGAGUUUUUUUAAAAGGCACUGGAUUGGCAAAAUCAUUUUACACAGAGAAGAUUUUAAAAUAGAAUCAAAUAUAACUUCCAACUUUUAUUAUGUAAUAUAGCCUGGUGCAUGGUACAAUAACAAUUUUUGAUAUUAAGCAAAAUGUGUGAAUUUUUUUUUAUACACGGUUAUGGUUGUACAUAUUAAAUUUAUGCUGAAUUAAAAUGGCCUAUUUAAAUUAUUUUAAAGUAUUGUCAAAACCGAUAUACAUGUAUUAAAAAUCAAGGCUUACCCCAAUUUGUCAAAACAAAAUGUCUUUCUGUUUUAUAUAAGGAAACUUCCAUAUUGUGUUAAGUUUUUUUGCGGUUAAUUGCAAAUAAUCUUCCUGUCCUAUAUACUUGCGUUUGUAGUCUUCCUUAAAACAACACAACUCAGUGCUUGUCAAGUUUGAACAAGUUUGAUAUAAUUUGUUUUCAACUCGUCCAAUAUUAAAAUGACUUUCCUAAAACUGUUUGAACACAAUUUUUUCCCCCAUGUUGCUGCUCCAACUGCAAUCCUUUAAUGGACAAUACACUAAAGACAUUUCAAAAUAACAUUUACUGGUUUUAAUAAAGGAUUUUUUAUUAAUAAAGGAUA